AUGAGAACCAGCAACCACCUAAUCGGUUUCCUGAACUUCCUGACCUUCCUCCUCUCCAUCCCCAUCCUCGGCGGCGGCAUAUGGCUGAGCAGCCGCGCCAACAACACCGACUGCAUGAGGUUCCUCCAGUGGCCCCUCAUCGUCAUCGGCGUCGCCAUCAUGGUCGUCUCCCUCGCCGGAUUCGCCGGCUCCUGCUACCGUAACAACUUCCUCCUCUACCUCUACCUCUGGGCCAUGUUCUUCAUCGUCGCCGCCCUCCUCGGUUUCGUCAUCUUCGCCUACGCCGUCACCGACCGGGGCUCCGGCCGCCCCGUCCUCAACCGGGUCUACGAGGACUACUCUCUUGGGGACUACUCCGGAUGGCUAGCGGAUCGGGUCGGCAGCCCGGAGUACUGGUCCAAAAUCAGUUCUUGCAUUAGGGAUUCGCACGUUUGCCGCAGGAUCCGCAGGACGGUCGGGGGCGUGCCUGAAUCUGCAGAGAUGUUUUACGUUAGGCGGCUUACUCCUAUUGAGGCUGCUUUGAGCUUUUCUUUUAUUGCUUUGGUUGCCUCUUGUGAUGCAAAGGGACAAUUGGAGUCUUUUGUUCCCAAGAUUUAA